AUAGAGAGUCUGAUGCAUUUAGUGUCAUUUACUUCAAUUGGAUACAGACAGGUGACUUGAAGGCACAUACACACACAAGUUCUGGAUAAUUUCAGGCUGCAAGUGUCUGUAGGAAUGUGUCAAUCGACUACACUUAGCCCUUUGCUUCCGUUUGAUGUAAGUGAUUAUUGACACAAACUGUCAACAUCUGCAAAGGCCUAUGGCAGAAGAGGGCUCAGCUCUCAUCUAUCAGCCAGCUGUUAGUGUUUCAGCUCAGCAGUAUUGUGUUUCUAAGCAACCGACAAAUGCUUCAUUCUCUUGGUUUCCCUGAGCAAGAAAUUCAUUUCUGCUAAGGCACAGCUGCCCAAGCAAGAAGAGAAUAACAUCAUCUGGAUCGGAGGCUUUUCUUACAGAGGAAUUCCAGAACCUGAAUCUUUUAAAAUACCCAUUCUACAGAAAGGUUAAAAGAGUGGUCGGAUUCAGUACCUGAAGGCUUCAUAUAUUAAUGGAAAGGAAACGUUUGAAAAAAGAAAUUGAAAAACUCUUAGGAGAUUAUGUUGGCAUUAGACUUCGGGAAAAGGAAUUUGAUCCACAAGGAAAGCGGCAAACCACUUUGCUAGAUGACUUGGCUCACUAUGAUUUGGCAAUAAAUAUUGCUUUACCAUGGCUCAGCGAUUCAGAAGCCAACUUACCUCGGGGAAAAGAAAAAAUGAAAGUACGACUAUACAGCCGAUACAUCUAUCCUAACAGAAUAAAGAGAGAAGCUAUGAUUUUAUCAUCGUAUGCUGGGAUGCUAAUGAACAGCAUUCCUGUUGAAGAUGUACUUGCGAUUUAUAGCACCGGACCUUCUGUAACACACUGGCGGAGUUCUGCAAAAGGCCACCGGAUUCACCCUUGUAAUCUCUCACUGCAUCCUUUUGCCAUGUUGACAGCCCCUCAAGCUUCAGAGCAUGCAAGGAAGCAGAGUGUCAAGUUCCACAAGGCAGCAGCAAACCAAAAUGCUACCACCAGAAGUUCAACAAAGCAAGUGAACAUCAACUGAAAAGAAGCAGCACUUUUAUUUUCAAGAAAGCAGCACCUUGAAGAACUCCUGUGGAUGUUCAGCUCCAUUUUCUGCCUUUUUAUGCACUGAGGUUUCCAGAACUCCUUGUAAAUGAAUUCAUGGCACUGUUUUGGGUCCUCCAUCACUUCUCAUUCAAACUCUUGGAAUUUCACCAUGGCGGUGCAAAUGGUUUUUAUCCUAUUGAUAAAAACAGAGGAUAUCUAAAGAAAUCUGCAAGCUAGUUAAUGCUACUGCUUUGACUGUAGCUAUCUUAAUCUACUGCAGAUAUCAACUUGGUCACUUAUCGUUGUUGUAGUCUACACUUCUGGAGACUCCUGGGUUUAUGUAAGUUCUCCAGGUGUGCUAAGCCAUGUGUUUUGUGUUCCACCCAAAAUAGACCAUCAGUUCUUACCAGUUCUUUUCACUGUCUUGCAAUAGCCUGUAGUUACCAUUGUGGUCACUAGAGGUCAGUGAAAGACCAGCUUCUAUGGGCAACCAUUCUUGCUACUGUCCUUCCACUGGGGUAGUGAGAGCAGAUAUCUCCUCCUUUGUUAAACAUUCUGUAAGUUUUUGUUUUGUUAAGAAUGGUAAAAAAAAAAUUCCAAUACAUUUACAUAUACUUAGCUACACUUAAUUUAUUAUGCCUUUACAAGAUUAGCUAAAACUAGGUUGAAGCCACUUACUGUAUAACAACAUGAGAAGUGAAUAUGGUCAGAACAAUUGGUAAAACAAAAUUGCUAGGUGCCAGCCAAUUAAUGUUAACUUUUACUAACCUCUGCUCAGAAAAACAAACAAAAAUUCUGCCUACUGAAUUACAUUACUAUUCACAGAUGCUGUGUACAGUUGGCCCUUCAUAUCCCCAGAUUUUGUAUCCACAGAGUCAACCAUCCACGGUUUGAAAAUAUUGAAAAAAAUAUACAUUCCAAAACCCAAAAAGCUUGAUGUUGCAUAAGGGAACACUAUUCCACUAGGCCAUUGUAUUUAAUGGCCCCAUACAGACAGGCCAAAAUAAAGCUCCUAAGUACUGGAGCGUGGCUUUGG